CAUUAUUCCCCACAAGGAAAUCCUCCAGAUGUAUUGGGAGAAAGCAACGAGCCUAGUGAAUGCCCAGUGCAAGGGACUUGAACCCUGGCAGCUGAUCGUGUUGACGUUUUCUUCGACGCUUCUGAGCGUAUGGCUGCAUGGCUUCCUCUUCCAGUCGGAGAGUUUAACAUCUCGAGCUAAAAAGCAGUUCUUUAAACUACUGAGGAAAAUGCCAUUUGUUGGGGCUAUAAUUCAAAAGCAGAUUGAUAAAGCCUUGAAUGAUGUCACUUCCAGUUUGUCCUUCCUGAAAGAUGAAAAGGAUUAUAUCAAAGCGCUGCCGGAACAAGGCAUGAGCCAGCCUGAAGUACUAGAGAAGAUGAAAGAGUACAGCUCAAAAGGAGACGUACGUUGGCAGGAUGGGAAGGUCUCUGGGACCGUGUACAGUGGGGAAGAGAAGCUCACCCGCCUGCUAGUGAAGGUGUACGAAGAGUUUGCCUGGAGUAAUCCUCUCCAUCCAGACAUAUUCCCUGGUUUGAGGAAGAUGGAAGCGGAAGUAGUGAGGAUUGCAUGCACGCUCUUCAACGGAGGCCCCAACUCUUGUGGUGCUAUGACGUCUGGAGGCACUGAGAGCAUUCUGAUGGCCUGCAAGGCGUACCGAGACCUGGCUUAUGAGAGAGGCAUCAAACAGCCAGAAAUGUUGGUCCCAGUGAGUGCUCACGCAGCGUUUGACAAGGCAGCACACUAUUUUGGACUGAAGUUGAUUCACAUACCCUUGACCAAGGCUAUGGAAGUGGAUGUUCAGGCAAUGAGGAGAGCUAUCUCGAAGAACACAGCCAUGCUGGUCUGUUCGGCUCCCCAGUUCCCCCAUGGAAUUAUGGACCCAAUUGAAGAAGUGGCAGAGCUUGCGGUGAAGUACAAAAUCCCCUUCCACGUCGAUGCCUGCCUAGGUGGUUUUCUGAUCCCUUUCAUGGACAAAGCCGGGUUUCCUCUAAAGCGGCCAUUCGACUUCCGCGUAAAAGGCGUCACCAGCAUUUCUGCAGAUACCCACAAGUACGGCUAUGCUCCCAAGGGUUCCUCGGUGGUGCUGUACAGCGACAAGAAGUACAGGAGUUACCAGUUCUUUAUAGCACCCGACUGGCAAGGGGGCAUAUAUGCCUCCCCCUCUGUGGCAGGCUCGAGGCCUGGUGGAAUCAUAGCUGCAUGCUGGGCAACUCUGAUGCACGUGGGAGAAUCGGGCUACGUUGAGGCUACGAAGAGGAUCAUAAAAACAGCUCGUUUCCUCGAAUCAGAGUUGAGAAAAAUUGACAGCAUCUUCAUUUUUGGGAAACCAGAGGUAUCUGUCCUCUCCAUUGGCUCCAACACUUUCGACAUUUAUCGAUUAUCUAAUUUCUUAGCUGCAAAGGGAUGGAACUUAAACGUCCUACAGUUCCCAUCAAGCAUUCAUCUCUGCAUCACGCAGUUGCACACGAAGCCCGGCGUUGCUGAACAGUUCCUGAAAGAUGUCAAAGACAGCAUUGAGGAUAUCAUGAAGGACCUCAACGCCAAGACCACAGGCAUGGGAGCCAUCUACGGAAUGGCGCAGUCCGUACCAGACAGGAGCUUGGUAGCGGAGAUUUCUCAGGCGUACUUGGACGGCCUCUACAGCACGGAUGUUCCUUGCAGUGAAACGCACAUGAACGGCUCUCCUGGCCACCGCUGACUGCAGUGCAACCAUCGGUGCCUUGCCAGCUGGCACUCGGGUGGUUCUAAAGGUUUCCCAGGGGAAGAGAUUGCAGUAAGCCUUAGUUCCAACAGUUGCAGGUCUGAUGGUGGCUGAAUUUUGAAAACUUCCUUCCCUAUCUUUGUCUUCUGAAAUCUGUGUUAGUUUCA